GUCAUGUUCAUGCUCGCCCAUGGCAUCCCCCGCUGACCUUCAACCCCAGACGUACACAGUACGAGAAAAAGACUCGAAUGAAAAUUUAAAUUUCCCGGAGAGCAGCACGAACUCUGUUAGCUCACAGUUGAACUCGGGCGUCAUCCAAACGACGACGUCACACACCGACUGUGACACCAUCAACACCAGUCUCACACAACAGACUCUCACAAACUCCACCAACCACCAUCUUGUACUUAUGAGCUCGCAGGGGUCGGGGGUCAAACGGGUGCACAGCAGCCAGGAUAUGAGCAGGAGACACAGGAGCCCGUCCUGCCGGAGGAGAAGCUCUGACAUCUUUGAGAACUCUGGCAGGUGUCAGGACAGGUACGAGGACAGCCAGGCGGGGACGGAGAGAGCUGGACAAAAUGUGGACGGUGUCCUGCAGAAAAGGGAGGCAAACAAUUCCUCUGUUAGAUUCAGAAACACCAAGCACUCUGAAGAAUCCUGGUCUGAAGAAGAGGAAGGGGAGGUGAGUGAUGACGAGACACCUUGUCGUCCCCCCUGCCGCCAGUCCUUCUCCACCCUGAGCUCUGAAGGUGUCUUCUCAGAGGAGGAUAUCAGUGACAGGUCAGGCAACCAAGAUGGCAGUGGUGACAACGGUCUGCUGUCCACUGGCAGUGCAGAAAACCUGCAGGCGGAGCUGACCAAACUGACCUACAUACCAGAUGGUCUGUCGGACAGGGAGAAAACUGUCAAGAAGAUGAAAAACAAAGUUAACUCCCCUGAUAGGAUGAAAUCUGAGACGGACACAAGUUCGGACGAGUGUUCCGAUAUAACAGUGUCAUCAGCUAUACACAAAACUAGGUCUGUAGAGAGUAGCACCCACUGGUAGCCAGCCUCCUUCUAUGUUCUUCAGUCAUCUUCUCAAAGUCAUCUUCUCAAAGUCAUCUUCUCAAAGUCAUCUUGAUGUCACUAGCUUCACAUCAUCAGUCAUCCAACAUGAACCAUCAGUCACUCAACACUGAGUGAGUCAUUCAUCUUCGCCUUGUGUAGAAGCAAGACAAAUUUGUUCUACCAUUUACCUCAGAUAGACUAGGAUCAGAGCCAGACAGGACAGGACUUUCUGGUAGCUUUUACAUGAAAGGCAGUGCUAGUCAGUUGCUGACCACACAAACUUGGGUGGGCAAGGACACAGUGAGUCAAUGGUUGACACAGAGA